AUGAAAUCGAAUGAAAAUGAAGAGUACGAUAGAAGUAAGGUGUUUUCCACCCAAUCUGAUAACAAAUCCUCACAAAAUCAAAACGAUAAAAUGAAAUCAGCAGUAUCAAAAAGGGUUACAAAUAAAACCAAAGCUGACGAAAUUAUUGAAAAACCACAUAAUAAUAUUUCAAAUAAUUACGUAAAAGAGAUCAAACAGUUUGCAGCUACCAAAGAUUAUACAAAAAUAGAUAGACAAACCGAUUCAAAACAAAUAAUGGAAAAAACAGGACGUCAACAUUCUGAACCAUCGAAACAAAACACAUAUAAUAGAUUUCCAUUAAACUCUAGAAAUUAUAUUACGGAACUCCAUAGAGUACUGUUAAAAGAAUGUGAAGAUAAUUUAUUGGAUUUGAAUUUAUUAAAUGCAACAUUAGAUGACGAAUCAUUGACAAAUGUCACUCAUCGUACGUUAAGAGCAAUUAAGGUAUAGUCAAACUAAAAAUGAAAAGAAAUUAAUAUAAAAUUAUUUUUUUCUAUUAAAUGAAAUAGGUACCAACCUAAUCUUUGUAAAAUUGUGUUGAAGGUUUGAUUAAAAAAUAUGUGUCGUUAUCUACAUUCAAUACCAAUAUUAUUAUUUAUUAUUCAAAUUUCCAACAUUUCACUUUAUAUUAACAUAAAGAGGUCGUUGAUUUUAAUUUUGAUUUGUUAGAAAUACAGAAAUGGCAAAUUUUACUAUGAAGUCUUGAGAUUAUUUUCAAUAGGUCCUUACUUUAUAUUUUGUUUAUACCUGUUUAUACCUUUCUGUUUACGAAAUUUUUUACUGUUUUCGUCAUAUUAUAUAUUUUAAUACUAUCAAUAGUGUUAGCAUUUUUUGAAUUUCCUAGAAUUUAUUCUUAUAAUCAAAAAAUACCGUCUAAAAUAUAUGAUUACUCAUCGAUUACUCAUCAAGUCUUAGAACAUAACGGUCAUAAUAUAUCAAGUUCACAACUUUUAACUCAAUACAGAUUAAAAAAAAAAAAUACUAUUUUAAAUAAUAUUAGAUUAGGAAAAUAUUAGAUUUAAAUUUUCAAUAUUAUUAUUUUAUGAUCCAUAUUAUAAAGCUUUCGGUUCGAUAAUUAUUGAAAUAGACCCUUAACCACUGAGAUUUACCAAAUUUAUAUUUAUGUGUACAUAGCUAAUCAAAAUGGGCUAACUUGUGUUAGAUGUGGUUUGUGGGAAAUUGUUACUUUUUACAAGUACCUCUAAUAUAGUUAAAUAUAUUCUAGUAUUACUCAUUAAUCUAUGUGAAUAUAUUACAAAGUCAGGAUUUUUGUUUUAAGAACCAAAAAAUAUUUUCGGUAUUGGGAUAUUUUCCGAAAAUUUCAGAAGAGUUGAAAAACCGUGGCUGGGUAGAAAAACGAGAUCCGUAUAGAUCACCAAUCAAUUAUUUACAAUAUUUAACAUCGACACGUAAAUAAAUAUUUUUAAGCCAGUCACGAAUACAAAAAAAUUAUUAAACUUAGUUAUUUAAAUAUGUUUUAAGCAAUGUCAGUCAAUUGGAUUGAAUCUCCUCCAUUGCUACCAGCAAAUAGUGGGAACGAAGUAGUCUGGGAACGAUUGAAAAACAUGCAGUCUUGGAGUAUUCUUAAAGAUAGACGAUCUGAUUUGAUUUUUGUCACUAGAAAACGUCUUGUUAAUUGGUCUAGUUUACACGAAUUGACGUCUGUUAGUCAAAUGGCAAGACAUGCGUUUUGUACCAAGGUUAGUGCUGAAUCUUAUAUAGAUGAAUACUAGCAACUAGGUACUCAUAUUUCACAUCUUAUAAGGAUAAAUAUCAUACUGCCCAUCUAAAGCCGGGCCCACACUAGAGCAAUAUAUAGCAACUUGUUUUGUACUUUGGUUAAAAUCAAAACAUGGUCUAUUGAAUAUUUCUACUGAAACAAUUUAUAUCUGUAAUCUGUUUUUCUAAAGUAUCGACUCGGCUUUAUAAAAUAAAAAAAUAGUCCUAUGUAGAUCUGUAGAUUAGUUUAAAAAGAGCCAAUGUCAAACAAUUUUGUCAAAAAAAAUAUAUUACAAUUAAUAUGGAUUUUACAUUAGAUUUUUGAACAUUUGAUGAUUUUUUUUUAAUUCAUUUUUUAAUAGAUUAAUUUUAAAAUGUUAUUUCCCAACAAUUGUUUUGUUUGACAUUGGCUCUUGUAAAAAUGUAUAGAGAUAUAUUGAAUAUAAGAUAUAAAUUACUAUGCAUAUUUAAUUUAUAUUUAUACUCUAUAAUCUGUACAUACUAGGGCGAUUAAUUAUUCAUAAAAAUAACAAGAAUAAUAACUUUAACAACAUUUAAUACAAAUUUGAUAAAGAAAACAUAAUAUGUAUAAUGUACGAGUACAUUAUGUUUGGAAACUGUAAUCACAUUAAGUAUAAUCUUAAAAUAGGUUCACAAUCAUUUGGGUGCCAUUUGGGGUAUUGCAGGGUAUACAUUGGUGGAUCUAUUUUUACACGUACCAUAUUGGCCUGCCUAAAUUUUAUACUAACGCCGAUAUAUCAGUUAAAUUGAAUUAAUGAAUUAAUAUAAUAUAAAAAUAUUUUAUAAAUAAUGUGAUUUUAUACUUUUAUCAGUGUUAUCACUUUAACAUAUUAACGUUAAUAUUCAAAUAUAUACAAGAACGGGAUGUAUAUUGCGUAGAAACGUAACACAACGGCACUACUAUAGACAUAUAAUAUAAUAUAAUAAUACUUUGACUCUUCACUUUGGCUGGAGGUUUCAUUAAAACAAUAAAAAUUCUUCAAAAUAUUAUUAUUCUUCCAAUAAGAACAGCAUCCAAUAAAAGGUUCUUUUCUUCUCUUAAAAAAUUGAAAUCCUACAUUAGAACUACUAUGAGCGAUGAACUUUUGAGUGAUUGUUGUAGAGAAAGGAGAUGCUCGUAAAGCAAACUUAAAUGCAUCAGUAAAUAAACUCGAUCAACUAAAAGUUCGAAGACACAAACUUAUUUAAGAGGAACUCUUAAUUUUAAACUAUAAAUAAUUUAUUAAUUACCUACUUGCUUGCUUACUUCAAAUAACUACUUGCAUUAAAAACAUUUUUUUUUUCGUUAUAUAUUAUUGCUUACUGCUUUAUUUGUACAAUUAAAGAUUUGAUUUUAAUUUAUGGUAUAAGUAAUUUCAAGUUUAAAUGCUAUUAUUAAAUGUUUGAAUUUGGUUUAUAAAUGGCAAUGUAAUAUAGAUUACAUAAUGGCAUAUUGAAUACAAAAAAAUGGCUUGCUGAGUACUACUGUAAUCUCAAAGAAGUACAAGUUCUAAUGGGAGCAUAGGGUUCUAUUUUUAUUAAUAUAGGCUUUUUGCAUAUUUAUUUUUCAUCCUUAUUAGGACUAGAAAUAACCCCAACAUUGUUACAUUUCAAUUUUCACUGUUAACUGUGAUCUGGUGGUGGAAAAAUGUGCCGUGAUAAAAAUUUGGCAGGCCUAUUUUAAAACUGAAAUGGUGCCCCUGGUUCACAAUACGUUUUUAAAUACUCGUAUCAUUUAUAUUCGAUUACUUAAAAAAAAAAAAUUCAAUAUAAAUAGUAAAUACAAAUACUUGUUAAUUAUACCUAUAAAAAAUAAAUUAUAAAUAGACCUAUCUAACUUUUUUCUUCUUAUCAAUAAAUUUAAUAUGGCUUGUAAGAUUUGUUUAAAUUUUUGAUUUGAUUCCAAAAAAUAUUCCACCGAGCUUGUUUAUAAACUUGUAAACUUAUACCUAUUUAUUUAUAAAUAGGUACCUAAUCUAAUCAAUUUAGAUAUUCAGAACCUCGUAGGUCCAAGAAUUUCAAAUGGUUCAUAUUAUUUUAUUACUGUUAGUUAAUGAGCUUAUUAGGUUGAUUUUAGUUAAAUAGAAUAGAUAGAUUACAAUAAUAUAAUCAAAUAUAAUUAUAAAACACAUGCAGAUAAACUAUAAUGUAGUUUAUGGUUUUAAGCUUUCAUUAAUUUUUUUUAUUACACUAAUACAGUAAAUAUUUCACUAAAUACCAAAUGGUAUUUACUAUUAUAAAAGUUUGAAAGAUCUAGGUAGGUGUCAAUUGGGGUACCUUGAAAUUGAGAAGUGAACUGGAAGAAUUGUUAUAUUUUGGUAACAGCAUUUAAUAAUUUUAUCAUAGAUACGCGAAAUAAAAUUCUGAUUCCAUAAUAAUAUUUUUCGUAACGUCUAGUAUGCGCUUGAUAAUCAUCGAAAAUGUGUUAUCUCAUAGGUAUCAAUACGCCAUGUGAUUCAAUCAUUAUUUAUUUAAAAAAAAAUCCAAAUUUACAACUCAUAUAUUAAGAACUUCAGAAUUCUUAGCUUAGCGUCAAAAUUACAAGGUAUUGUUAUUUUUUAGUGAAUCGGUACUGAGUUAUUAAUAUAAAUGGUCAAAUAGAAUUUGGAAACAAUAUUAUUUGAUUUUUUUUUUUCCGUAGAGCUCUUUUACCAGCAAUUUUGCUCCAAUUUAUAAUAAUAGAAAUUUAUCUAAAAGGAAAUGUCACUGGGGAGAUACUUAAGAACGGUCGUUUUUCAGUUUUUUUAGCAAUUUUCCUAGCAAAUGUGAAAAACCGGGAAAAUCAGUAAAAUAUUAAAUACAUAUUAUUAAAGAAAAUAUAUAUAGCCUAUUUGAUUAUUUUACUAUAAUAUGGCAUUUAUAUUAUUAAUAGAGCAUCACUAUCAACUGAACUCCGCUCAGAAUCGUUUUUUCGUAAGCAAUUUUUUACAGUUGCUUACAGGUAUACAUUAAAUUACCUAUAACAGUGGGUGCACCUGUCCUCGUUAACCUAAACGUUUUUUUUAUAUUUGCAUUUACUUGUAUGUAUAUAUAUAUAUAUAUAUAUAUAUACAUCAAAAAUAUUUAAAUAUACCAUCAAUAAUUAUAAACAAAUUAACAUAACCCAUUUUCAAAUCUAGAAUGGUUUGGCGCAAUGUUUAGAGCCUUAUAAAUAUGCAGUGACAAAUUUGAUGUUUCCAAGGUGUCAUUACAUUCGAAACAAAUCUGAUUAUGAUGCAUUCCUGGAAGAUUACAUAAUCACAGCACUUAUUGGUACAUUGAAGAUAAUUGUGCAAGCAAUUGAGAAAAAUGAACGAAAAUUCUCCGAAAAAGGCAAUGUAAGUAUUGAAUUGAGUAAAUAACUGAACAUAUUUUAUUACAGAAAUUGGCCCCAUCAGAUACCCUACGAUAUGAUUUAUUUUGUGAAACGAUGUGUAUUCAAAUUUCUGAAUAAACGUCAAACUGGUUGUGCAGAAAUAGAUAUGUGGAAAUUUGAGAGCGAAAUAGAAAUAUGGAAUGAAUUCUUAAACCAUUACACAAAAUUAAUUAGCAAUGAUAACGCUACAUUUCACCGAGAGUACACCUAUCAAUUAGAAGUAAUUAUCAGAACUAUAACGAAUUUAUUAGAAAUAAGAACUUCAAUAUCAUCGUCAAUUAAUUUUUAUUAUUUGUAUAAGUUAUGAUUUAUAUCAUAUUUUUACAAUAUGUUUUCAUGUUUUUCAUUCUUUAAAAAUAUUGGGUUUUAAAGGAGUAAUACCCCAAUAGUUUUUAGAAAAAAUUGGAAAAUAUGUACUCUGUGCUAAUGGUUUAAGCUCUAUACUUUAGAGGUCUUUGAUCAGAAAAUGCGUUGCCAAUUUUCUGAGCAGUCUGUUAAGUCGUCGUGCAAACCAUUUCAUCUAUAGUGACAGUGAAAACACACGAAAAAACACGGAUUUUUUUAUGACAUGACACAAAAAAUAUUGAAAGUCUACGGUCUAUUCCAUAGAGUAGAGAAUGUAUAGAGGGGCAAUACUGUUUACUGCUAUGUGUAAUGAAUUGAAGCAAACAAAUAGAAAACAUUUAGAGUGACCAUUUUGAAAAAAAUAAAAUUAUUUUUCACAUUUGGUUAGUACCACAUUAAAUUUUCAUAUUAUCAAUUAAUAUUCAUAGAUAAUUAAAUCACUAAUUAUUGAAUAAUGAUUUAAAUAAUUUAUAAUAAAGAUUUAAUACAAAUUUAAAAUAUGAUUACGGUUUCUCAUCAGAGAUUAGGUUAAGUAAGGGAUAUAAUAGUUUGGUACUAAUGUUUGAUGAUUUUCAACAUUGGUCACUCAAGUGUUCUCCAUCUAAAUGCUUCAUCAUAUGGCCGGGUGGCUAUUAAAUAGUCUACCCGAUUUUACAUUUUUAACGGUUUAUCCUCUAGUUUCGUUUUUAAUUUUUUUCUCAAAAAUUAUUUGUUUGGUUAGUAAAAAUGCUCCAAAUUAUUCACAUUGUAUCUCAAUAGAUUUUUUUAUCCCGUGGUAAACAUGUAAACAUGAUUAUUGAUUUGAUAAAAUAUCUUGAUCAUGAUAAUAACAUAGUAAUAAAGCAGUUAAAAAAAUCAACAUAUAUAAAAUAAGAUAAAAUAAUAUUUCAAAUGUUUAUGUGUCAAUUUUCUUAAUGCAAUUUUUUAUAUUACGAUAAAAAAAGAAUGCGGGGGUGGUGUGAUAAAACUUAUAACAUUAUAAAUAAUAUAAAAAUAACUAAGUUAAAUAUUUCAUUAUUUAUAAAUAGGUGCAUAAUUUAUUAUAUACAUAUUCAUAUUUUAAUAAAACUAUUUACUAUUUUUUGUAAGUUAUAAUUUUUUAAUAUUAUGGUUACCUACAUAGCAAUAUUUUAAACUUUUUUGUUUGUGAACUCCUUUAAUGGAUACAAAUAUGUAUGGAUCUUAAAUAAAAAUACAUUUUAUUGCUAUUGGGAAUAUUAAGAUAAUUUAAAAAAAUCUAAUAUAGAAAGGUAUAAUCUAUACAUUUAUAACACGGUUAUGACAAUAAAUUAUUCUACAUUCCAGGUGAUUCAUUUAAGUGGGUACACUCAUUAUCUUGGAAAGUAUUAAAUUUUUCAGGAAUUUUUUUUCUAGAACAAAAUUUUAUAUCUGUGUUAUUUUUUACCACCCUUAUAUUUUGGGGGUAAAACCACUAGCUACUUUUGAUUUUCAAAUAACAACCUAUAUUAAAAAGUCCAAAAAUAGAUGAAUUAUAUUUUACCCCCAAAAAUAAGGGUUACAAAAAAUAACAUAAAUAUAAAAUUGUUGAGCUAUUUGUUUCUUAAAUUUUUUAGAAAACAAAUUUUAAAAAAGUUAAUACUUUCCGAGAUAAUAAGUGUACUCACUUAAAUGAAUCAUCCAGUACAUAUUUUAAAUUCAGAGUAUAGCAAAUGUAUUUGUUUUAUAAUGAUGCUAGUUUUUUGUAUAUAUAUAUAUAUUUUAAAUAACUUUUCUACCAGAAAUCUUACUCCAAUAUAUGAAGUGUAGUAUCUUUUCUAAAGGAAAUGUUAUCUACUUGGUAUAUUAAAAAGGUCAUUUUUUUGAUUUUUAAAGCGGUUUUCAUAAUAAUUCACAAAAACAAGGAAAAAACAUAAAAUGAAAAAUGAUACAUUUAUGACGUUACUAUCUCAUUAGUUUAAAUUCUCCGCUUUAUUUUUCUACCAGAAAUAAUGCUCCAAUAAAAAAAAACAACAACAAAUCAUUGAUUGAAGUUGCAUUUUUAAUCUAGUUGUUGAGUAAUAAAGUUGUUUUUGAUUUUCCGUGUAGUUUUCUUGAUAAUUUAGCGAAACCGAAAAAGUAUUGGAAAAUUUAUAAAAAUGCUUUUAUUGUUUUCAAUUUUAUUUUUUUGUUGCAAUUCAGUUUUUGAGCUAUUUACAAACAUUUUAAUUUUGCUAAUUUUUUACGUAAUUUUUAAUCAGUAUGUACUUUGUGGAUAAAAUUGUUAGACAAACAAAAACGCAUAAACAUUUGACAUGAUGUGUUUAUUGUAAGUCAUAUUUUGUGGUCAAUUAGAAGUUGAGUUUGAUAAAUUAUUAUUUUUUUUUUUUUUAUAAGAAUUUUAAUACCAAAUUUUAACGAGAUAUUACGGCCUUCCGAACCUCACUCCGAAUCAUGUUUCUUUAGCAUUCAAUUUUGUUUUAUCGUUGUGUACAGAUAAAAACUAAAUUUAUCUCUACAUCCUACCUUUCCAACUUCUCACUUACAAUAGAGACCCACUGAUCUUGCAAAGCAUGUCCUUCUUUUUAAAUAUCUUUUUACGUGUUUCCUUAUUUCAUACAGUUAUUUGUUAGGUACAAGGUUUAAUUAUGUCGGUCUAUCCACGACGUAUAUAGUUUGUUACAGUGGAAACUCAAAGAUAUAUUUAUCGUAAUACCUAGUUUGAGAAAUAUUUAAAAUAUAAUUUUAAUAUUUGAAUAAUAUUAUUUAGCUAGAUGUUUAUUCGAGAUGUAAAUAUUUGCUCGACAUGGUGAAAAUAUAUUGUCCUCAACACUAUAUCGACGGAAACACAAAUACAUGGAUUAUAAAACCCACAUCCAACUGUUCUGGACAUGGAAUUUUACUGUCUAGGGACCUAAAUAAGAUUAAAGAAAAAACUACUGUAACAGAUGGAUUAAAGAAUAAUAUUGUACAGAAAUAUAUUGGUAAAAGCUGAUCAACAUUUUUUGAACAAAAAUCAUAAUUAUUUGUAUUUUUCAUAGAGAAACCUCUUUUGAUUUAUUCUUGCAAAAUUGAUUUGCGGCAGUGGUUUUUAGUGACUAAUAUGAACCCAGUAGUCAUUUGGAUGUACAAGUUAGUAUACGCAAUGUAUUGAAGUGUUAAGAUACCUUGUCACAAUAUUAAGUAUUCUAAUCAUUCAAUUUUUAAUAAAUUAACAUAUUUUAUAGAGAAGGCUACGUUAGAUUUUGUGCUAACAGUUUUUCUAUGAAAAAUAUGCACGAAUCUAUUCAUCUCAGUAAUGUCAGACUACAAAUGAAAUAUAGAAAAAUGCGAAGUUUGAAUGUACCAGAAGAGUGCAUGUGGAAUUUCGAAGAUCUAAAAAAUUAUUUAAUGUAAGGCAUCAUAUGCAUCAUAGGCAUUACUAUGUAUAGUUGGUACAUAACCAAGCAAUAAUUAUUUUAGUUUUAUGAAAGGAUUACUAAAAAUUAAUGAUUUCUUUAAUAACUGCAUCCGACAUUUCUGUUCUAGAGAGAGUCAAAAUUUGCUUCCUUUCCUUCCCUGCAGGCCAUGUCAUUUAUAAGACACCCAUUCCAUCCAUACAACUCCUUUUAUAUAUUAGGCUUAGCUACCUUACCAGCUUCGAUUUGUUGUGCAAACUUUUCCACCAAAAAUCUUGCUCCGAUGUAUCAAGUGUAGCUUAGGAAAUUGUAUCUACAUUGUACUUUAUGGAGGUAUAUAGUAUUUCAAAUACUUGUGCUACUUUAACCCACAAAGUACAGCAAUUAUUCAUGUUUUUGCGUUUUUUGGAAAAUGUAUUGUUUCGUAUCAUAACCCAUAAUAAAUUGUAUAGCUCUUAAAAUUACACACUUAUACAUGUACAUAUUGUAAAAAUAAUUUUAUUUGAAGUUAUACAAAGUGUAACUCACUAUAUAAGUAAGCCAUUCUUAACCAUUCUUAAGUAAACCAUCUUGGUAACUAAAUGGAAAAUAAGUUCAAAAUAUUUUCAACCCCCAAAAAUUAUAUUUAAGGGUGGUUAAAAGGGUUGAUUUAUCAAAAUUAUCCAAAAAUUUACUUUUAACGGUCUAAACGAGAGGUAAAGUUUAGAUUAUUUAAUUUAAAAAUAAUAAUAGUAUAUUUGUUUUUUUCUUCUGAUAACUUUUGAUCUUACGAUCUUUCCUUAAAAAUUAUUAUUUACACACAUAAAAAAUAAAAACAAAAAAAAACUUUUUUCCUAAAAAUGAUGCUCACAACCUUAACAAAUCUGAAAAAAGGAGAAAAUUAUUAAGCUCAAAGGAACACAAUAUUACGAAAAAAGAACAUCUAAUAAAAAAAAAAAUUCUGAAAUACCCUACUCUAUAUCUUGCUUCAAGUUCACCAUAAAUAAUAGUUCAUUCAGACUGCGUUUAUUUUAAUGAAUCUAUAUUGUUUAGAAUUCAUGCCAUUUUGGAGUUAUCAUUUUGUAGUACGCUUGGAGUAUCGAACAGAGUAAAAAUAUCUAAAAGACAAUUUAAAUAUUCAUCAAAAAUCUUUAUAAAGAAAAUGACUAAAUUAUUUACAUGAUUAUUUAUCUCUUUUAAGCUACUCAGCUUGAGUUUAAGAUAGAAAGUAAUAGGUACAUUAUAAUAAUAACUAGGUUAUUCUUACUUCUUUAUAUUAUUUGUUCGCGAGUUUUCAUUUUCUCUAAAUUAAACUUAAAUAAGGCAAUUUAAAGUUCUGCUUAAAUUUUAUAAAUAUUGUCUAAUUAAUAAAUAUAGAAUAUAGAUGUUGUAACUCUGGUAAAACUAUAUCCACUUAGUAAAUAUCAUUUACUGCAUAUUUGAAUUAAAAUUUAAAAACUUUAACAAACUUUAGCCCACCAUUAUGCAGUAUUAACCUAAUCACUAAAUAGUAUUCUAUAAAUCCUUACAAUUUUACAUUUAAGGACUAUUGGUCAAGAACAUGUUUGGGAUGAUUUGAUAUUUCCUGGAAUGAGUGAGAGUAUAUACGCGGUAUUACAGGCAACUACAGAGAACUCGUUUUAUCGGCCUAAAUCGUUCCAGCUGUUCGGGGCUGAUUUCGUGUUAACCGAUAGCUUUAUCCCUUACUUGAUUGAAAUUAAUUCCAUUCCUGGGUUGAACCCAUCUACAAGCGUUAUUGCAAACUUGACGCCAAUGCUCCUCGGAGACAUAAUAAAAGGUAUUUAAUGUAUUGCAUUUGGUCCAUAUACGGGGUAAUCAAUCUAUCAUAAGACACUCAUUAUCUCGGAAAGAAUUAAUUUUUUCUGGAGUUUAUUUUCUAGAAUACUUAAGAAGCAAGCUGCUCUACAGUUUUAUAUUUAUGUUAUUUUCUAUCACCCUUAUUUUUAGGAGUAAAACCACUACCUACUUUUGAUUUUCAAACGGCAACCUAUACUAAAAAUUCUAUAAAUAGAUGGAAUAUUAUUUAAAAUAAAUGUUGGUGUUAAAAAUUUUGAUUUUCGUCAAUCCACUAACGAGAUAUUCCACUUUUAAGUUUAGGUAGGGGGAGUAGCAGAGUACCAUUUGUACGGCACACCACAACGUCUUAAUAAUGCGCAACCCCAACUUAAAAUUAUAAGUGGAAUAUCUCGUCAAUGGAUUGACGGAAAUCAAAAUUUUCAAAACCAAAAUUUAUUUUAAUUAAUAUUUCAUCUAUUUAUGGAAUUUUUAUUAUAGGUUGCCUUUGAAAAUCUAAAGUAGGGAGUGAUUUUACCACCAAAAAUAAGGGUGACAAAAAAUAACAUGAAUAUAAAAUUGUAAAGCAGCUUACUUCUUAAAUAUUUUAGUAAACGAAUUCCGGAAAAAAUAAAUACUUUCCGAGAUAACAAGUGUUUUACGAUAGAUAGAAGGUAUACGUAUUUUCAAUGUUGGCAAUUCACUGCAAAUGCAAAAAUGCGAACAAAUUAUAUUAUUUAUUGUGUCUAUCCACCCCCCCCCCCCCCCNCCCCCCCAUAUUAACAUUUUUUUCAACUUUCAAGUGAUUGUUGACUUCGAAGAAAAUAGUAAUGCCGAUACGGGAUUGUUCGUAAAAGUCGUGCCAGAAAAGUGGAAACCUGUGACAACAAUCCGAGGGCCUACCGAAGGGACUCCGUUCUCGCCACCAAAAAUAGCAGCCAACAUUGCUGACCCUACGCAAGCAUACUAUUAUUAUCCACACCGCCGAUGGGUAGAAAACGUAAACGACAAGCUGGCCGCUAUACGAUUCCGGAUAAACGCGCGGGAAACGCCAAUUGACCGUUAUUUCGGUUACAAUCGGGAUACCUUGUUGAUGACAGCGGCGCCAACUGGUACAGCGACGUCGGUAACAACAACAUCUACUGAUAUAAACGUCGAGACUGUAAAAAACUCACACGAUACGACCAACCCUACCACCAGGGAAACUAUACUGAACGAUAUGCAUUUGUCAGCAAAAGAAAAAAUGUCCAAACUUAAAACGAUGUACGGCCCGAAAUUGAACGACAGCCAUCAGAUUCGAUUAUCUAAACUACAAAACGAUCUAAAGAAACGAUGA